GGAACGCCGUUGUCUUGGUACUGAAGACAACAGUUAUCAAAACUGACCCUUUAAAGAUGGAGAGUCUAGACUUUUCCGAGGAGGAGAUCCAGCAGCAGCUGGCUGCACUUGGAUACAGAAAUAUUCCCAAACAAAGACUGCGGGAAUUCAAGAGAGAUCUAGAUCAGCUGAUUCGUCAUGAAAAGUCAAAGAGUCACAGCUCCACAGACUGGACUUCUCCAACAUCUCACAGCAGCUCCAGCAGGAGUCCACCUGCUCUUAUUAAAGAAAAGGUUCAGUUGAACCACAUCGGCCUCUUCAACACCAGCUCAGAAGGGCAACACAGAGAGAUUUUCUCCUCCACGUUUAAUGAGGACGAUCAUGGACACUGCUAUGAUUCAUAUUCACGGCACACAGUUGCUCACAGACCGGCUCGGCCCUCCACGGCACCCAACAGGCUGGAGACAGAGGCAGGGCCUUCUGAAAUAUUUCACUCAGUUUUGGAUGGUAGCGAGACAACGAGUCCUGACAGAGAACAUCAGGUUCAUCUGAAGCCUGUGAUUAAAAGGAAAGUGCUAAGGAAGCGUCAAGGUCGGUCUCAGGUCUGUGAUGAGUCCACGCAUAGUGAAGAUUCUGGUACAGUUAGUGAGCUGGAGGAGCGUUUGGACCGAAUGCGGAUUGGUGCAUCUCGUGUGCACUACGACUCAGACAGUGAAGAAAUCGGAAGCUAUACGGACAGAUCCAGCUCUGUGACGGAGGAGGAACCCCCUAGUGCUUUCCAAGAAUACAUCAAAGGCAUGACACGAUCACACAGUGAGAGCGAUAUCCCACCACGGCCAAAGUCAUUUAUACGGCCAGUUUUUGAUCAUCCUCACACAAGGAACUUGAAGAAAACUGAUCCAGUGGCAAAGUAUUUCCAGUAUAAGCAGGACUGGGAGAUGUUUAAACCUCCAGGAGAGAAGAGCAGGAAGGAGCUGCACUGGGCCAUCAGGGAACAACUUAUGUAUCAGCCUCCACCACCGAGACCUCAGAAGACGUACAUCCCCAACAAUUAUGUGGUUCCAACAGAGAAGAAGCGAUCUGCACUAAGAUGGGAGAUCCGACAUGAUUUAGCACAUGGCAUUAUCCCACCAAAAAUCUCCUUUCCCUAA